GUCUCAGUUUAGUUUUGAACGCGUUCGCGUGCGGUUCUGUCAGCUCGUCGCCCGUUUGCCGUCGCCCGUUUGCCGUUUACCGUUUUUGCGAAACGGUUAAGAAAUCCGUUAAACCGUGCAAGCGCUUCUCUCGACUGCAGUCAUGCGUCUGCUGCUGUUGCUGUUGCUGUUGACGGCCCUUCUGGCCGUGGCCCGUGCCCAGCAGGACUAUUGCUUCGGCAAGGACACGGAGCGACUGCAGACGCGUCAGUUUAGCUCGAAGACAGCCUAUCAGAUUGUCAAGGGCACCAACAUGGACAAGCAGUACCAGGUGCCCGGCUGUGAGCCCAAGAAAAUAUGGAUCUUCCACAGGCACGGCACACGGCUGCCGACGCCGAGCACCAUUGAGGCGGCACCGCGACUGGAAGAGAUACGUGAUUUGAUAGUGAAUAACUAUCGAGUGCGGCGUACCAAGCCCGAGACUGAUGCCUUGUGCGAUACGGAUCUGACCGCCAUCCAGAUGUGGAAAUGGAAUACCAGCAUCACAGUGGACAUUGAGGAGUAUCUGACCAGCCAGGGCUAUGAGGAUCUGCGCGGCACUGCCAAGCUCUAUCAGCACUACUUUCCCACGGUGCUGCCCACCACAUUCAACGACACCUACUACCUGUUCCGUCACACGGACACACAGCGCACCACGGAGAGUUUCAAGGGCUUUGCCGAGGGUCUCUUUGGUGACAGCAAUCUGGCCACUGCCGCGGAUAUACCCGAAAAGGAUCUGCUGCUGCGUCCCUAUGACUACUGCACGGACUUUAAGGAUAAGAACUACAAGGGCGUGGGCUCCGAGUAUCAGAAAUAUCGCACAAGCGCCAUAUGGAAUAAUACUGUGGAGGAUAUUACACGUCGACUUGGCUUCACGGUUUUGGCCGAGGAUGACAUCAAGCUGAUGUAUGACAUGUGCCGCUACGAGCAGGCCUGGCAGGUGGAUCGGACGAGCGUCUGGUGCGGCGCCUUCUUGCCCGAGCAUGUGACCGUCAUGGAAUACGCCGAGGAUCUCAAAUACUACUACGGCUCCGGCUACGGCUUCGAGGAGAACACACGCUUCAAUUGCCGCGCCGUGCAGGACAUGCUCUCCCGCCUGAGCAGUCCCGUCUCGCCCCAUGUGGUGGCCUACUUCGCCCACUCGACGGGUCUGCAGACGCUGCUCACCGCGCUGGGCAUCAACAAGGAUGACAUCCCACUGCGUGCGGAUAACUACGACUCGAUGACAAGUCGCCGCUGGAAGACCAGCCUGCUGGGUCCCUUUGCGGGCAAUUUCGUGGCCGUGAAAUACGAUUGCCCGGCGGAGCUGGAGAAGGAGAAGGUCGUCUUCUUCCUCAACCAAAACGCCGUGGACCUAGACUGGUGCAAGGUGGGCCUCUGCAACUGGUCGGAUGUGCUGGAGAAGUACAAAACCAUCUCGGAGGCCAACUGUGAUGAGUAUUAUUGCCGCUCCGGAGCGCCUGGAGUACGUGCCUCAAUGCUGGUCAGCGCAUUUAUUGCCGCAUUUGUCUACUUGAUGCAUUAGAUCUGACAUAGAUUUGAUCUAAAUAGCGCAGGGAUCUGGUUUAGUUUCUAAUUGGGCUAUGUUCAAAGUUCGUACCAAAAAAAAAAAACAGAAGUGAUUCACGUAUUUUCCACUAAAUGUAAAUUUUCUACUUUUAACAAGCACACUCUACACUGAAAAAAAUAAAAGUGAAACAAUUACACACACACAAA